AUGGGUGUUGUUGUAUCGAUCCUACAAGAUGCAUUCAUAGUCCUCGUCUCAACAGUCUCCCUUCUAAAAGCUUUGUCUACCGAGUUCAACCAGGCUUUGAAGCGUGCAUCCCAAUCUCCCGGUCUUCCAAACCCCAAGCCAUCCCAAACAUACUGGCUCAGCGACCCUCCACAUCCCGAACUCGUCAAUGUAAGCUCGCCCGAGUUACCGAAAACCGCGGAUGUGGUUAUCAUCGGUUCUGGAAUUGCGGGCGCUGCUGUCGCGCGGUCGUUACUACACGAGCGACGUCGCCGCAACUCCCGUACGGAUGAAAAGGUGGUUGUUCUCGACGCUCGACAGCUUUGCAGCGGUGCCACUGCUCGGAAUGGCGGUCAUAUCAAACCUGCGGCGUACGAGUCCUUUUCUCGGUUCAGCAAGCUUUUUCCAAAGGAUCGUGCUGCUGCCUUGACGCGUUUUCAAUCUCGGCAUAUUGAGUGCUUGGUUAGUUUGUGCGAAAGCGAAGGCAUUGAAUGUGCCGAAGCUCGUAAGGUCGAGACUGUUGACCUUUUUUUGGACGGCCAGAGUUUCGCCAAGGCUGUCGCUAAUGUUGAUGAAUUAAAGAGAUGGUUGCCUGAGGUUGGGAUUGCAGUGUGGAGGGGAGAUCAAGUACAAGAGGAGUUCGGUGUCAACAAUAGCGUCGUCGGUGCGCUGUCAUACCAAGCAGGUGCUAUCUGGGCGUAUCGAUUCGUUGCAUCUAUCUGGAACGGCCUUCUAAAUGAUUUUCCUCAUAGCCUCUCUGUUGAGAUAAACACUCCUGUAGAGUCAAUAAGUCUUCCAGAGGAGGCUCCGAAAAGCUUCCCAUACGCUUUGAAAACCUCCCGAGGAAUUAUAUUUGCCCGUCAAAUAAUUCACGCCACCAACGGCUUCGCAAGUCAUCUUGUCCCGGGACUGCGCAGCAAGAUCGUGGGUGCACGAGCCCACAUGUCUGCCCAGCACCCAGGACAACGGUUCCCAUACGCCGGCGGUUUGCACUCCUGGGGUGUAGUUUACGGCGAGGGCUUUGACUACGCCACACAAAGACCAUCGAAAGCAGAUGGUUCAAAAGGCGAUCUAAUGAUUGGAGGCGGCUUCAUGCGAUCGCUGAAACAAGGUAUUGAUCAAGUCGGUCUGUACGACGAUGGCCCCCUGCUCGAACCUCUCACCGCCAUACACAUUGCCGGUAUCUUUCCCGCGAUCUUCCAUCCCAAAUGGGGUGCUGGUGCCGAGUUGAAGCAGACAUGGUCUGGCAUUCUCGGUCUGACUGGAGACUCUCUUCCACUAGUAGGCCGCGUGGACGCAAAAUUAACAGGACGAGACAUCAAACGACGAAAACGCAUAUCAAACGACGAGUGUGGAGAGUGGAUCGUGGCCGGUUUCGCCGGCGAAGGUAUGGUAUGGGCAUGGCUCUCGGGAGCUGCUCUUGGUAUCAUGAUUGCUGGAUGCGAAGACGAAGACCUAUCCGAAGUACCUGGUAGGCCAGGUGGAAAACUGAGAGAGUGGUUUCCACGCGAGCUGUUGGUGUCACAGGAGAGGAUACGCAGUGCUGAUAUUAGUAAUUUGGCCAAUCAGUUGUAA